AUGGAUAUCGAUAAAUACUUAGAAACUUUAAGAAAUGCUCGUUGUUUGACAGAGAGAGAUGUUCGUUUGGUUUGUGAGCAUGCAAAAGAGAUUUUUAUAGAGGAAUCAAAUGUUCAUUAGGUGAAAGCCCCAGUAAUAAUUUGCGGAGACAUUCAUGGGCAGUUCUUUGAUUUGUUGGAGCUAUUCAAUAAGGGAGGGUAGAUACCAAAUGCCAACUAUAUAUUUAUUGGGGAUUUUGUUGAUCGUGGAUACAAUUCUGUCGAGACAUUCGAGUAUUUGCUUUGUUUGAAACUUAAAUACCCAGACAACAUUACAUUAUUGAGAGGAAACCAUGAAUCAAGACAAAUUACUUAAGUUUAUGGUUUCUAUGACGAAAUUGUGAGAAAGUACGGGAAUGCUAAUCCUUGGCGAUAUUUUACAGAUGUUUUCGACUAUCUUCCUUUGGGAGCUCUGGUAGAUGGAAAGGUCUUGUGUGUUCAUGGAGGUCUUUCUCCAGAGUUAAGAACAAUCGAUUAAAUAAGAACAAUAGAUCGAAAAACUGAAAUUCCUCAUGAAGGUCCAUUUUGUGAUUUGAUGUGGUCAGAUCCAGAAGAAGUAGAUACUUGGGCACUAAAUACAAGAGGAGCAGGUUGGAUAUUUGGUAAAAAGGUGACACAUGAUUUUAAUCAUAUUAAUGGCUUAGAAUUAAUUGCUCGUGCACAUCAAUUAGUUUAGGAUGGCUACUAAUACUGGUUUGAGGAAUAACUUGUAACUGUAUGGUCAGCCCCAAAUUAUUGCUACAGAUGUGGUAAUGCAGCUUCUAUGCUUUCUCUUGAUGAAAAUUUGAAAAGAGACUUUGUAAUGUUCAAAGAAGUCCCAGAAUCUGCUGCCAGUCAACCCCCCAAAAAUGUUUUACCAUAUUUCUUAUGAAAUAUAUAAUAACAUUUUAAAUACAACAUUCACUUCAAUUUUUCUCAUCUAGAUUUAUUCUUUCAUUUUUA